GCCAUGGCGCUGACUAGAAACCAGAGACCGGCAACCCGACAGGAGCCGGUAGACUGAACAUUGAUUAGCCUACGUGUUUUCAUCGGGUGGAUUUAGUCGUCGAGCGGUCAGACACGGGUCGUGAGUUACUUCUACCUGCUCUGCUGUCGCUGCCGUUCGGAUAGAGGCAGGAUGAAGCCUCACAGCGGUAAGGUCGACGUGUUUGUCCGGAUUAGACCAACCGCAAAGUUCUCUCGAGGUCUCAUUGAGUGUCUUCCCGAUGGACAGACAGUGAACAUUUAUAACAGAAAAGACUCCAGGAAGCUCCAAGACUCCAAGAAAGGGCAGCUGAGCUUCUGGUCAUUCAGGCUGGAAGGCGUCCUGAAGGAUGUGUCCCAGGAGGAGGUGUAUGCCCGAGUGUGUCAGCGGGUGUUACAGGGGGCACUGGAAGGCUAUAAUGGUACUGUUUUGUGCUUCGGGCAGACAGGUGCAGGAAAAACUUACACCAUGACAGGAUCCACAGAAUCAUACCAGUACAGAGGAAUCAUUCCUCGGGCUCUUCAGGAGGUGUUUAGGGAAGUGGACAAGAGGACGGAGCAUUCCUUGUCAGUGCUGCUGUCCUACCUGGAGAUCUACAAUGAGACCCUGGUGGAUCUUCUGUCGCCACAGCAGGGCUCAACUCACAGGUCUCGGGGUAUGGCAGUGGUCGAAGAGGCGGGGAGGGGGAUGUUCGUCAGAGGUCUGUCUCUUCACCCAGUUCGCAGCGAGGAGGAGGCACUCAACCUGAUGUUUCAGGGUGAGAUGAGUCGCAUUAUUGGAUCUCAUGCCCUCAACAGAAACUCCUCCAGGUCCCACUGCAUCUUCACUAUGCAUAUAGAGUCUCGCUCACGGAGUUUGUCUGAUGCCACGUACAUCACCUCCAAGCUGAAUCUGGUUGAUUUGGCUGGGUCUGAGAGACUGGGAAAAACUGGGUCAGGGCGGCAGAUGUUAACGGAAGCCACAUACAUCAACAAGUCCUUGUCCUUCCUGGAACAGGUCAUUGUGGCUCUGGCCGACUGUCACAGAGACCACGUUCCCUACAGACAGUCUAAACUCACUCAUGUCCUUAAAGACUCACUAGGAGGGAACUGUAACACUGUGCUAGUGGCCAACAUCUACGGCGAGGCUGCACAGAUAGAAGAAACGCUCUCUACUCUGCGUUUUGCCUCCAGAAUGAAGUGUGUCAGGACUGACCCUACAAUUAAUGAACAUACAGAUCCAGCUGUGAGUUCACAUAAUAUCACAUACCCUGUGAGUUUGUUUUAGAGUCGCAGUAGACCG